UUUCCCUCUUUCUCAUUAUCAAACCGCUAUCCAACCACGUUUCCCAACCUAAUUCUGGUGAUUAAAGGGAAAAUCGAACUUGACGACUUGUUCAAUCGCUAGAAGGAGUCAACUGCCGGUGAUCGGAGGGUUACCAUUGGUUCAAUCGCAACCACAACCACCUUCAAUUUUAGACAGUAUGUGUAGGCGCCAACAGCUACGUUCACUUCUACAGACAUUAGUAAAAUGCAAGAUUAUCAAUCAAAUUCUCAUGAUGCACAUGGAAAAGGAAAUGAGUAUUUGGAAGCUAGACUAGUGAGGAUUCAGGAGAACCAAAAAAGACUACGAGAAUUUGGAGUUAAAAACAUUGUGGACUCUAUGGAAGUCUGGUAGACAGUAACAAAAUGAAGAAAAAACAGUGAAGAACACUCAUGCGGGGGAUGUAGACUAUAUUCCAGAUCCAGGUGAUGUUUGUGAGGAAGAUAUCCAACAAGUUGGUAGAAGUGUUAUAGUACCCAAAAAGGUAAUUUGAUUAUUCAAACUUUGUUUAUUUUACUUUAUAUAAGGUGACUCGGGGCGGUACGUGAUGGAGCUCCAUAACGCGUUGAAGGAUCACGCAACACCGGCGCCGGACCCAUCCAUCACGCGUUAUAACAAAACGCGUUAAACGUACAACGCGUUGAAGUUUUGUUAACAUUCUGCAUUUGUUCUGCAUGGGGGUUGUAUGUUUGACACCUGCAUGUGGCAUCUCUCUGCAUGUUGACACGUGUGUUUCAUGAAAGAGAAAGGGGGCGAAACAUUUAUUUAUGUGAGGGUAUUUGUUGGUUGGGGGGAAAUUGUUGGGUGUGGUGGUGAGUGAUGACCACCCUGCCUAAAAAAGGUUGUGAGUGAUGGAAAAAAUGGUUGAUGACAUGGCGGAAUUUGAUUGGUGUUUGUGAGUGAUAGAUUUUAUCACUAGUUAACCACCCCGCCCGCCCUAAACUUGUUUUCUAACGAAAAUAAAUAUGUUUUAGCGACAACGUUCACAAUAUAUUCCACCAAUGUCCAUGAAUAGAGCUGCUAAUCUCAUGAAACUACGCUGGGUGCUUGCUCCAAAUGUCUCUCAAAAGGUUCCAUCUACUUCAAAUGCAACAAAACCGAAUAAAGCAGGAGCAUAUAGAAGGAUGAUUCUUGUUGAUGAGGAUGACGACGAGGACGAGGAAAUAUUUCAAGUGGAUAUGAAGGUAGAUGACGCGUAUAAAGACAUAGACGAUACAAUAGACGAGAUACAAAUGGUAGAUCACAACUAUUCUGAAGAUGAACACAAUGAUCAAGAACAAUUGCACGGCCCUGAAAAAGAUAAAGCAACAGAGGUGCUCCCAAAAAGGUUAGAGGUCAUACCCAAAAGGCCGAAAUAUGGAAAAUGAAUUCUACUGAAAGAAUAGCCGUCACAUUUAACGACUUUGGACAACCAGUGGGGGAAGAAGGCAAAGGACUUGUUCGGUAUCUUGGGACACUUGUGAGGAUGGCUGAUCAUGUAUCAAUUAAGUAUUCUGACUGGAGAAAAAGUUCCCAUGAAAAAUAAAGAGGAUAUGUAUUCACUUGUUAAGUCCAAAUUUGCUAUUCAUCCAGAUGAAACAGGUCAGGUUAAAGAAUGGAUAUUCCAAAACAUGGGGAAAAAUGGAGAACGUGGAAAGGUUUAUUAAAGUCACGUGGAUAUGAUCCCAGCCUUACUAGUGACAAAAUUGUGACGCAACAUACUAAUAAUGACGAUAGAGUGAAUCCAACUCAAUUUAAAGAACUUGUUACUCAUUGGUUCACUCUGAAAUUUCAGACUACAUGCGCUGCAAAAAGAUUGAGCCGCUCAAAGAUGAAGGAGCCUCAUGUAACCGGGACAAAGUCGUUUGCUAGACUUGCUCAUGAAGUGGCAAUGAAGAAUGAUGGUGUAUACCUGACCCGAGGAGAAAUGUGUAUAAUAACAACUCGCACUCAUAAAGACGAAAGUUUUGUUGAUGAUAAAGCAGCUAACGUUGUGGCUUCACUAAAAGCUAUUGCAAAUGACUCUGUAAGCAAACCCAUAGAUUCGCAUGAUUUUACAAAUGAUGAAUACUCAAAAGUUAAAGGCACAGAGAAAAGAGGGUAUGUUCGAUUAGUUGGAAGAAUGCCAGCCAUAAAAAGUAACGGUGAUUCUUCGACUAAUUCACAUACUAUUCAUGAGCUACAGAGUGUUGUGAACGUUAUGAUGAACAUUAUCCAAGAACGUAUCCCCGAUGCAAACUUGCCUAUAGUUCUUAGCAAUAUGAACAUACAGGUCCCUCGCGUUGGUUCUUCGGCUCCUAGCAACUCGUUACCUAGCAAGGAAUUAUGAUCUUCAAGAAGUGACGAUAUUGAUGACAGAGCUGACAACAUGUGAAGCCUUGGAGGAAUAGAGAUAACAAGAUUAAUGAAUUGCUUGGAACUAAGUUUUUUUAGAGUAUGAUUUGUAUCGAAAGAACGUUUUGACUUCUUUUGUAGACAUUCAUUUGUUUGCUAAGAUUUACAGUAUGUUUUGGAUCCAACUUUUAGUUGAAAUUAUGACAUUAUUAUUUUUCUACA